CCGGACUCCCAACCGAACCCGACACGGCUCGGCCGCCGCACGCCCCAAAACCUCAGCUCUGCCCGGCCAGCCCCUCCGCCGAGAGCCCGCGCCGCCGGGACCCUCCUCCCCGCGCUCGGCCCUCCCCGGAAGGGCGGCCUCUUCCCCGCCAGCGCCGAGGUGGCUGCGGGAUGGAGCGCGGAGGGGCCUACGCGUUCUCCGCCGCCCUGAGCGGAGCCUUCCUGCUGUCGUGCCUGCUCUUCGCGGCCAUCAACCGCCGCCAGCGCGGCCCCUACAUGGACGAGGCCUUCCACGUCCCUCAGGCGCAGGCGUACUGCCAGGGCCGCUUCCUCCAGUGGGACCCCAUGAUCACCACGCUGCCAGGCUUGUACCUGGUUUCGGUGGGAAUUGUGAAGCCUGCGGCAUGGCUCUUUGGCUGGACGGGAAGCGUGGUGUGUUCUGCAGGAAUGCUCAGGUUUAUUAACCUCCUUUUCACUGCUGGGAACUUGUAUUUACUGUAUUUACUUCUGUUCAAGAUCCAUCAGAAGAAUAAGGCUGUGUCUGAUUUCCAAAGAAUCUUGUCUACAUUAACUCUUGCAACAUUUCCUGCACUUUAUUUUUUUACAUUCCUUUAUUAUACAGACCCAGGAUCAGUAUUUUUCACUCUCUUUGCCUAUUUAAUGUGCCUUUAUGGUAACCAUAAAACGUCAGCUCUGCUUGGAUUUUGUGGCUUCAUGUUUCGUCAGACAAAUAUUGUGUGGACAGUUUUUUGUGCUGGAAAUAUUGCUGCAGAGAAGCUAAGUGAAGCCUGGAAGACAGAGUUACAGAAAAAGAAAGAUGAAAAGAAUUUUUCCAGGAAAGGAUCAUUUUCAGAUUUGUUCAGAAUAUUGAAGUUUCUUAUUGAAUAUCUUGUUUCACCUAAAAACUUAGUUACACUUACUGCUUUAACUUGGCCAUAUAUUAUAUUAGUAAUUAUGUUCUUUGUUUUUGUCUUCAUCAAUGGUGGAAUAGUUGUUGGUGACAGAAGUAGCCAUGAAGCUUGUUUGCACUUUCCUCAGCUGUUCUAUUUUUUGUCCUUUACUGUCUUUUUUUCAUUCCCUCACUUAUUGACCCCUACUAAAAUCAGAAAGUUCUUUCUGUCGUUACAAAAGCACCCUGUAAUGUACAGCUUAACUGCUGUCAUCUCUUUAUUCCUGAUCUGGAAGUUUACCUAUGUCCAUAAGUAUCUACUAGCAGAUAACAGGCAUUAUACAUUCUAUGUCUGGAGAAAGAUCUUCCAAAGACAUGAGCUUGUAAAAUAUGUAUUAGUUCCAGUCUAUAUGUUUGCUGGCUGGAGCUUUGUUGAUACAUUAAAAUCAAAAUCGAUAUUCUGGAUCUUAAUGUAUUUUGUAUGUUUAUUAGCUGUCACAGUUCCUCAAAAAUUGCUAGAAUUUCGUUACUUUAUUUUGCCAUUCUUAAUAUAUAGGCUCAAUAUUCCAUUCCCAUCUCUAUACAGACAACUUCUGGAGCUGGCUUUUUAUACAGUUGUUAAUGCUGUAACUAUUUAUAUUUUUCUAAACAAAACAUUCCAGUGGCCAAAUAGUAAUGAAAUCCAGAGGUUUAUGUGGUGAUAUUUUCUUUUUUUUUGAUACUUUCAUACAUUUAGGGAAACUAGUUCUGUUUCAGGACUAUGGACUCUGGAAUAAAGCAAUAUGUUUUGUGUUAUUUAAUGACAUUUUUUUGCCAGUUGGAACUGAAGAAGUGAACUGUUUGCUUAUAUUAUUGCAAAUGUAUCUAAUGUGAGAGCUGGUAUGUUGUCAUGUGAGGAUAAUCCAUACAUUGAAUUUAUGAGCUGCUGAAAUCAACAAAUUCAAUAUGAGGGGAAAUUUGAGAACACCUUUCUCUUAUUAAUGUGAAUAAGGGAGAUGUUUACAGUAGUUUUUCAUUAUAAUGAAAUAUUAUAUAACAUCUUUGAAGGUAUGACAGCACAUAAGUGUGUUUCAGAAGUUUCUGUUUAUUAAAAUAAAGUAUUUCAGCGUUUAACAUUGUUAU